AUGCAGAACCAGACGUGAUUGUAGUUGGGAAAGUCUCUUUUAACCCCAAGGAUGUGCUGGGCCACGGAGCUGGAGGAACCUUUGUCUUCAGGGGCUUCUGCGAAUGGGUUGCCACCUUCCCCUUCUCGUGGUCCUCAUCAAACCCAUCUGGGGAGCUGGGCUCGUGGGACACCGGCAUCGACUCUCUGCACAGGGGACAGUUUGAUGGCCGGAACGUGGCCGUGAAGCGCCUCCUGCCCGAGUGUUUCCAUCUCGUGGAUCGCGAGGUCCAGCUGCUCCGGGAGUCGGACGACCACCCCCACGUCGUCCGCUACUUCUGCACCGAGAAGGACAAGCAGUUCCACUACAUCGCCAUCGAGCUCUGCUCCGCCACGCUGCAGGAGUACGUGGAAAGCCCCAGCUUUGAUCGGCAGAGCCUGGACCCGGUGUCCCUCCUGCACCAGACCAUGUCCGGGCUGGCCCACCUCCACUCCCUCAGCAUCGUCCAUCGUGACCUGAAGCCCUGUAACAUCCUCAUCUCCGUCCCAAAUCGCCACGGCCAGAUCCGAGCCGUCAUCUCUGAUUUUGGCCUCUGCAAGAAGCUUCAGGGGGGACGACAGAGCUUCAGCCUCCGCUCCGGCAUCCCUGGCACCGAGGGCUGGAUCGCGCCGGAGGUGCUGCAGGAGGGUCCAAAGGAGAACCCCACGUGCGCCGUGGACAUCUUCUCAGCCGGCUGCGUCUUCUACUACGUGCUGUCGGGAGGGCAGCACCCGUUUGGGGACAGCUUGCGGCGACAGGCCAACAUCUUGGCGGGCUCCUACCAGCUCAGCUGCCUGCAGGAAGAAGCUCACG